GAGAGUGAAAAAAGGUAAACAACAACAACAGAGAAGGUGAAAAUGCCUGAAAAUCGCGUUUCCUCACUGCUGAAUAAGCAGAGAAAGUCCGGCAGAUAUUGCGAUGUAAUCGUGAAGUUGAACUCUGAGUUCCAGCUGUGCGCCCACUUUUGCGUCCUCGCGGAUCAGAGCAACUUCGUGGGGAACAAAUAUUUCACGGAAGAGGCGCAGUUUUCCACCAAGAAUCCCCUGACCAUUGAGAUUAUGAACUUCUCCUGCCAGGACUGCCUCUGUGACAUGCUAGACUACCUCUAUGCCAAUGAUAUUGUCGUGUCGGCGGAGCACAGAACGCAUUUGAAGGGACUGUCGAAGAUCCUGCAAGUGCAGGAGUUGUACAAUCUCCUGUGCGAGGAUGACUGUGAGGAACCAGAGCAGCUGAUCAAGGAGGAUCUGGAUCCGACAGAGACCAAGACAGCGCCUCAGGUGCAGCAAGAUGUGCAGGAGGGCGGGAACAGGUCGCGAGGAGCACAAUCCAGGAUGCAUUCGUGCAACGGAUGCAAGUUCAAGUGCUACAAAGCCCAGGACAUGGUGGCUCAUCUGCACGUGUGUGAGUCUGCAGCGACCAGGUGCAGUCUCUGCGACGCUGAGUGCAGCUCCCUGACGGAUCUGCGGACGCAGCAUCUGCCCAGACACGACGACGUGAAGCCGUUCUUCUGCACCGAAUGCCCUUCGCGGUUCUCCACGCGCACCGGACUAGCUUAUCACAGGCCGAAGCACUCCUCGGCGACGCCCUUCAUCUGUGACCUCUGCGGCAAGGGCUUCAAGUGGAAACAGGGACUCACGAGUCACUUCCUGGUGCACACAAAGGAGAAGAAGCUACUCUGCGACGUCUGUGGCUUCAGCACGGGUCGCCUGAAGACGCUCAAGGUGCACAAGAGCAGCCACACGGAAGUGCUGUGGCGCUGCUCAGUGGCCGGCUGCACACACUCCUCGCGCAGCAAGGACAACCUUCGCCUCCAUCUCACCACGCACAGCAACGAGAAGCCGUUCGUGUGCGAAGUGUGCGGCUUCCGCUUCCGGCACAACAAGAACCUCAAGCGACACGCCUUCCUGCACCUGCCCAAGAAGCUCUAUCAGUGUCCUCACUGCUGCUUCAGCAGCCACCGCAAGGACAACCUCUGCGAUCACGUCAACCGGCUGCACACGGAGAAGCCGGUGCAGCUGGAGCUGCCCGAGGAGCCCGUGGAGGGCCCGAAGAGCAAGAAGAAGCCACAGAGGCCAGCCAAGUGCCCUCAGACAGCCGGAUUCAUUCCAAUAAAGCCAAAGCCGAGUUAGAAAAACAUAACCUAGCAAAAUUUAUUCUACUUCGGCUUUCCCUCCGUUCCCA